GUAUAAGAAUGAAUAGUCUGACGACUUCAAUAUUGAAUGGUGCUCUUCAAGAUGCCUUGAGAUUUAUAAACACUUCUUUGAAACCACUCAAGAGGCAUCCCGAGCAACAGGAAUUAUAUCUCUCACUAGUUCAAACUUGAAACCAUGGAAGCUGUUAAAAUAGUUCUAUCCAUUUUGGGUUUGCUAUCCUCCCAUACAUACUCCGAGGUAGUGCAGGAAUAUUUGAAGGCUAAGGCGUUGGAGAGAGCUGAACUUUCUGAAGAUGAUGUGCUGCAUACGAUUGCAGACAGGACAUUAGCAAGGAAAAAUAAAGAUUAUGCAAAAAGUGAUCAGAUCAGAGUUGAAAUGGAGAAAAAGGCCGGGUAUUCAAAUCAUGGAUGGAGAACAAGUGAAUUCAAGGAACCCAACUGAUUACUUGACAACUACAUUUCCAUUUCUUUACCUCUGUGGUGUUGAUUUCAAAACAAGAGAGACCAAUGUGUUGAACAUAAAACUAGAAGGAGGUAGAAUGUAUUCGAGGAAAAAGGGGCACCACAUAUUGAAGGAAGGCAAGGGUUUCCAAGCAUUACUUGCAGCAGAAAAGAGGAGGAUGAUCUAUCUUCAUCCCAUCACUCCAAGGCCAAGUGAGGAAGAAAAGAAGAAGUCAGAAAGUGUAGAAAACAGGAAGACAGAAAAAGAAGAAAAGAAAAGGAGUUUUCUGAAGUGGCUGAUUGAUCCAGGAGAGUUUGCUACCUGGAGUAGGUCUCAAGCUGGAUACCAAGGCAUCGCAAGGGAAGUGAAGGAAAUUCGCUACCUUCAGUUCCAGUGCGAUGCCCAGUCUCCAGCUUCACCAAUCACAUUCUCGUCAGCAAAACCAUUAGUAGCAUCCUCAAGUAUCUCUGAGAGCGUACCAAUGUCCCCUCCCCUCCGGCACAGUGAUCAAUUUUAGAUUAAAGUG